AUGUCCAGUGAUGAUCCAUGGAACCAAACGGCGGCCGACAACGCUGAGUGGCUGAUGCGAUUUAAGCGUGAUGUCGGUAUCCUGCCGGCCGAGGACGGUCCGGGUCUACCGACAGACUUCACGGCAUGGAGCGUGUCCCAGGGCGGUACUGGAUUUGCACCGCCGUACUGUUUCCCCAAGACGCCGAUCGCACCAUUCCCGUCUCCGGAAGACGAGGCUGGUGAUGCGAGCAGUGGGAUGAGCCACAUCUCGGCGACGCAGAUGCAAAACACGACCAUGCUCGGCAUUGAUUUCGAGCUGCCGUCGGAGACGGCCAACAAGUUCCUCCAGUCGUUUACGACUCGCUAUGCAAAACCCGCAACCGUGUUCUGCUCUCGAGAGCUCGAGAACGGCCUAACCGACUAUGUGCGAACGACCGUGGCUCAGAACGGCCAGCCGUUCCCCGACGACGAAGCUCUUCGCGCCAAGGCGCGCGAGAUUCUUGGGCGCACGCCGGAGCUCGGCACGCCGGCCGACGACAAGGAGCUGCUGGACAAGUUCAAGGAAAUGGUUCGUGGCAUGCUGACGGCCAGCCAGACACUGCAGGGCAUGGCACAGCUGCCGACGAUGCCCGAGGUGUUUGACAUGAACCUCGGCGAUGCCACAUCGAUGAACCUGGCCAACAACCAUCAGCAUGUCAACGGCAUGCCAUUGGACAUGGGCGGGAUGAACGUCGACCUGAACCUGGAUUCGGUGACGCAGGAGGACUUGGACAACAUGCUUCAAGAUAUGAACUUUGAGUUCGAAGAAGGCGUUGAUUUGAUAAACAGACACUGA